CGGCAUAACAUCACCAAUUGCGAAACAGAGGAGAUUCUCCAAAUGGUGACGCGGCAGCCGACUGCCGAAGCGGUGGGAGAAUGGCCGGGCAUGAGCUUUGGAAUCGAAGCACCCCAAGCCCUGGCUGCACUGGGUUGUCCGAAUGGAGCUGGUUUGGCGUGGUUGUUGAUUCAGCACAAGGAGACGUUGGGGUCGAGAAUGGUGGAUCGAGUCCAUAUCUUCGACUGUAAGCGAUACUUGGGAAAUGGAAGGGGAGAGUGGUGUCUUUAUCUGCAUAUUACGGAUAGUCCUGUUGUUCCUUGAGAGCGGGGGAAAGACAGCUCCACUGAGGUGGUACAUGUAUGCGUCCAGGGGAACGGAAGACUCUGCAUUACCUCGGAUACCGUGCUCCUCCGAAGACGACCACGCAAGUAGGAGGACAGAAUGGGCGGAAAGGAGACUAAGGAAAGAGAAGGACUUGAUGAUUACCUAGCAACAGAGAAGCAGACAAG